UUGUGCUCGGCGAUUGUUCCCACGUCUUCAAGCACAAAAUUUAUUUGAUUUCCUUACUUACCAUCUUCAGAACCUUUCAUCUUCGCCAUGGAUUACCAAAGCAGGCAGCUGGCUGAAGACUGCUUCUUACGGGAGCCUGUAGACGCUCGAAUAAGAAAAGUCAAAGAGGAGCCAAAAGAAGAUCCACACCCGCACUUAAAAGUGACUAUGCAGACGGUCCGUUUAAAUCCAGACUCACAGAAGCUGAUUCUUGAUACAUUAAGAUAUAUACAUGGUCCGGACUUCAAGCUUGGCAGUGCUGGCCUUUAUAAGGAUAAAGGCACAAACCUCAGCAACAGGUACUGGAUGGAGCGAGGCAACCUAGUGGUGCAGGGAGGCUGCGACUACUCACUCAAUAAUAAACCUGAUAUUGAGACGUCUGAAGCACGGCUCAGAGCAUUCGCUUUGGCUAAGCUGGAAAAGUAUCACUUUCAUAAAGCUCACUGUGCAGAAGCAUUAGAAAUGGCGGCUGAAAGCGUAGAAAAGGCUCUAGAAACACUCUUCUACAAAUAUUUCAAAGUAGAGCGCCAAGAGAAAUCUGACAAUGUGCCCACACAAGGAGAGCUACUCGAAAUGAGGAAUGACGAGAAAGCUGUCUUAGAAUCCAUAUACGAAUCCAGCUUCAGACUCAAAGAAAACAAUGUCUGGAAUCUCAAAUUAAGCCUAGAUUAUUUAACAAAAAUGUACGAAAGCAAAGAAGUCGAAGCGCUGAAAACAAAAAAGAACAUCAACUACAACAGCAAUUUCAAAACGAAGAAAAAAGAAGUCUGUAAACUGUUCCUAAAAGGCCCUUGCAGAUUUGGUGCUAAAUGUAAAUUCUCUCAUGAAGUCAAUGUAGAACCAAUUAAAGAAGUAGAAAAAGAGGAAAACUCCAAAAUAACCUAUGAGUUGGAGAUCAGGUUCCCAGAAGACACGGUGUAUCCAUAUGAACCUCCUUUACUUUUCUUUAAAACGGAGGUCAAAACUAGCACAAUACCUGAUCUAACUUGCUUAAGGAUAACGGCUAGAUUAAUAGAAGAAGCGAAAGUAUUAGCACAAGAUGGUAUACCCAGUAUAUACUCAUUAGUAGAAUUGUUAAAUAAUGAAGAAGAUAUAUUAAAUUUUAUACAAUUUGAUACUAGAAAUUUUCCCGAACCAUCAGACGCUCUUUUCGCUCAGUUAAUAGAAAAUUCUGAUGUUGAUGCGAAAAAACCGUCACAUUAUAAGAAAGGUGAGGGUAAAGACAAAAGAGCAAAUGUUGAUUUUGAGGAAUUGUUGAAAGAGAACACAGAUAUAGCGAAACGGUGGUUGGAGAAGAGAGACAACAAUAGGUAUAACAAAAUGAUGUCUGGGAGGAGAAAAUUGCCCGCUUGGCAGAAAAAGAACGAGAUAUUGAACGCGAUGAAGAAAUCACAAGUAGUAGUAAUAAGCGGCGAAACCGGUUGCGGCAAGAGCACACAGGUCCCCCAAUACAUCCUGGACGAUUGGCUAGACAAUUUCAAUAAAGGCGGUCGGGACCACGUUGAGAUUGUAUGUACGCAGCCAAGGAGGAUAUCCGCUAUUGGUGUAGCUGACAGGGUCGCUGAAGAAAGGGUUGAGAAGACUGGACAAGUUGUGGGGUAUCAGAUACGCCUCGAAAGUAAAGUAUCAUCAAAAACCCGCCUAACAUUCUGCACAACAGGCAUAUUGCUACGCCGACUCGAAUACGACCCUCAACUCAAAUCAGUCACUCACAUACUAGUCGACGAAGUACACGAACGAUCCGAAGAAAGCGACUUCCUUUUACUCAUCCUGAGGGACCUUGUCAAAGUGAGGAAGGAUUUGACGGUCAUACUGAUGAGUGCGACGUUGAAUGCUGAGCUGUUUUCUGAUUACUUUGAAAAGGUUCCAGUUCUGGAGAUACCAGGUCGAACGUUUCCAGUGGAGCAAAUAUUUUUGGAAGAGAUUAUGGAGUUAUCUAAUUACGUUUUAGAAGAAAAUGGUCCUUAUGGAAGAAAGGUCAAAAAAGGCGACUCGAAAGACAAGAGAAUCGAUCUCGAAACGGAGUUAGAAGCGUGUGACGUGCGAGCCUCCAUGGAACCUCCCAGGACGUCCAUUCGCGAUGAAAACCUUACCGUAGCUCAAGUAGUAGCCCGGUAUCCGAAGUGCAGCAAAACCACGUGCAAGAACAUGUAUCUUAUGGAUACUGAGAAAAUAAACUUGGAACUGAUAGAGCACACGUUAAAAUACAUAGUGGACGGGGACCACAAAUGGCCACGAGAAGGCGCCAUCUUGAUUUUCCUACCCGGUAUAGCGGAGAUCAUGAGUUUACACGACCAACUGGCUGAGAGUCAUACGUUUAGUCCCAAAACCGGUAAAUACAUCCUUAUACCGCUCCACUCUACGUUGUCGAGCGAAGAGCAAUCCUUGGUGUUCAGCAAAACUCGAGAGGGAGUGAGGAAGAUAGUGCUGUCUACAAAUAUCGCUGAGACUUCUGUCACUAUUGACGAUUGUGUGUUCGUUGUGGAUUGCGGGAGAAUGAAGGAGAAACGAUUCGAUUCAAACCGCAACAUGGAAUCCCUAGAGCUAGUCUGGGUGUCUCGUGCCAACGCGAAGCAACGAAAAGGUCGCGCGGGCCGCGUUAUGCCUGGCGUGUGUGUGCACCUUUACACUUCACAUAGAUAUCAGUACCAUUUGCUAGAACAGCCUGUACCAGAGAUACAUAGAGUGCCAUUAGAACAGUUACUGUUGAAGAUUAAGAUACUGCCGCUGUUUCAAAACAUGAGCGUGCAUGAGGUUUUAGGAAAAACGAUAGAACCGCCGACGAAACCGAGCAUCGACAGCGCCCUCUGUCGCCUCCAAGAUAUUGGUGCUUUGGACAAAUCUUACGGCCUUACACCGCUAGGAGCGCACUUAGCAGCGUUACCAGUUGAUGUGCGGAUAGGAAAACUGAUGUUGUUUGGUGCUAUAUUCUGUUGUGUUGAUUCUGCGCUUACAAUGGCUGCUUGUCUGAGUCAUAAGAGUCCGUUCGUCGCGCCUUUUGGGAAAAAGGGUGAAGCAGAUGCCAAAAGAAAAGAAUUUUCGUGCUCGAACAGCGACCAACUGACGACUUUGAGAGCUUAUAGGAAAUGGCAACAAGCGAUGCAACGCAGCACGCACGCCGCGCUAGUGUUCGCCAAUGAGCAUUUCUUGUCCCACAAAACAUUACUCAUGUUGGGGGACAUCAAACAUCAGUUAUUAGGAUUGCUGGCCGCUAUAGGUUUCGUACCAGACAUGCCGGAUUUGAGGAAAAAGAUGAGGAAAGACUCAGUCGCUGCGCUUACAGGACAGCAGUUAAAUUCUAACGGUGACAAUGACAAGCUCUUGGCAGCUAUUCUAUGUGCAGCGUUGUAUCCUAACGUCGUCAAGGUUUUAACCCCAGAAAAGUCCUUCCACAUGCAAGCCGGCGGCGCUAUCCCCCGCCAACCGAACGCAGACGAGUUAAAAUUCAAAACGAAAACCGAUGGUUACGUCGCGCUCCACCCUUCCUCCAUCAACUCGAACGUUGGCUACUUCAACAGCCCGUACCUGGUGUAUCAGGAGAAGGUGAAAACGUCGCGAGUUUUCAUUCGAGAGUGUUCUAUGGUACCGCAGUUGCCGCUUGUUCUGUUUUCUGGUUGCAAUCUUUCAGUGGAACUGCAUAACGGUACAUUUAUCGUGUCCCUCGAAGAUGGAUGGAUCAUGUUCCAGGUUGAGAAACAUGAGGUUGCGGAAAUGCUGAAAACGAUACGAGUGGAACUCAUAAACUUACUUGAAGAGAAAAUCAACGAUCCUUGUCUGAAUUUGUUGAAUUAUGAAAAAGGAAACAAAAUUAUACAGACUAUUGUCCAAGUUGUCACUAAAGAUUAAUUGGAACGAAACUGCCAAUUUGUGAUAGCUCCUAGAUGCUUAGUGUUCAAAUUGUUACCAAUGUUUGUUUUGGAAGUUGUAUUCUUAUACUGUAAGAUCAGGUGGGUUAAGACUUUAGUUCAUUUCUCAAGUAGGUAUGAGGUGUCCCUUCAAGUGUUAGUGCGUUUUCACAUUAUCCGAUCCGAUAUCGGAAGUAGAAGGAAAGUUGGCGGGAUAUCGGUCCGACAUCCGAUAUCGGAUCGGAUAAUGUGAAAACUUAGGGCCGGACCAAAC